AUGACAUUAACCAAUCCAAACAUAUACACUUUACGAAGACGCACGCAAUCAAUGCUAGCUGACCAGUACACCAAAAUACCGCAACCAAAAGCGUCAGAAAAUGUAUUAAGUGCAUUAUCACGUGCGCAUAACGUACCAGAACGCAUUUUGCAGGAGUACUUUUUGAACCAGUUUUUAGAGUGCGAGCGCAAGAUAGUGAAGAGAAAGGUACGUAUUAAUAUGAGAGCAGUGAGCGCAUACCGUGCAUAUAGAAGUGCAAAGAUAUCAAGUUUGAAGAAGAUGGCAAGUGUUUGUGCGAGAGAGCUGAGAAGAGCACUGAUGAGGACUGGAAAGACCAAUCCGUGUUUGAAGGGAAGAAGAUCAGGCAAAGGAUUUAACACAUUGACACGCGGUAAGAAGAUGAAGAAGAGGGGAGAAAGGGAAAAGAAGAAAGAAGAUAGAAGGGAAGAAGAGAGGGAGCAAAGGAAAUUGAAUUAUUUGAUAAAUCAGACGGAGCUUUAUGCCCACUUUGUGCUUAGGGGCGAGCAUGAAAGGUUGAGGAGGGCCAAGGUUGAAUGUACGGAUGAUGAGGGAAUGAUGAAAGAGGUGGGUGAACAGCUAGAGAAGUUUAAACAGGAAGAUAAGAGCACAAGAGCAAACGAUGAUGGCAUAACAAACAUAAAAAACACGACUAGAACACAGAGUGUGCCUACGUUAAGGCACUUUAAAGCAAAUUUGAAGGAGUACCAGGCAAAAGGAGUGUGUUGGCUUAUAAAUUUAUACAAUCAGGGGAUAAAUGGCAUACUUGCAGAUGACAUGGGACUGGGUAAAACCGUGCAAACGCUCGCAUUCCUUACGUACCUUGCAGAGCACCAUAACAAACGGCUGUUCUUAAUUGUAACGCCGGCAAGCACACUGCACAACUGGGAAACUGAGAUAAAGCGAUUCAACCCUGACUUCAAGGUAAACCUUUACAUCGGCUCUGACCGCAACGUAUCGGUAAGACGCAUUCCACACCCAGUAAUUGUACUUACGUCGUAUCAAUUAAUUUCAGACAGGAAGUUAAAGCGUAUUAAGUAUGAUUACUUGGUGUGUGAUGAGGCACAAGCCAUAAAGAGCAACAAGAGCAGAAGAUGGAAGAACAUAAACGAGUUACGAUGCAACAACAGAUUGCUGCUCACCGGUACACCCAUUCAAAACUCGAUGCAAGAGCUGUGGUCGUUGUUGCACUUUAUCAUGCCCGGUUUGUUUGAUAGUCAUACGCUGUUCCUUUCCUGGUUCUCGAAUGAGAAAAGCGUGAAGAAAGAGGGCUUGGAACGGUUGCACAGCAUAUUAAAGCCGUUCAUGUUACGACGAGAAAAAAAGGAUGUUAAGAACGAGUUGGGCACUAAAACGGAGAAAGACGUGAUAUGCACAAUGACACCUUUACAGCACGCACUGUACGAACGUGUCAAUAAGGAAAAUGAGAGUGAGAAUAUGAUGAUGCAGCUUAGAAAGAUAGUAAAUCAUCCCGAGCUGUUUAUGCAUAGAGAGAACGGAACUGGGUUGUACUGUGCCAGGGAUCAGCAGGUGCUACAUUUGAAUAGGAGAAGCAAAAGCAUGUAUAGAAGAUGUUUGGGAGAGAUGUUGGACGAGAUACGAACCGUUAAUGCUAUGUAUAGAGAUAUUAGAGGUAUGCAUAGCAAAGAUGACACAUAUCCUAACACUAAUCAUAGUGCUAAUGUUAAUACUUGUCCUGAUACCAAUAAUAGUACUAGUGUUGAUACGUACCCUAAUAUCGAUACAAUCACUCAAAGUAAGAAUCGCAGCGUGCAUUCACAUCCCGUGGGUAUGAAUUAUCAAUUUGUGGGGUGCAAGAAGAAUGGAGUAGUGACAGGUAGUGCUUACGAUAGUUAUGUUGAGAAUAUGAGUGUUAAAAGUACGGGUGUGGGAGGUAAUAAUGGAGAUACGGUACAUAAUAGUACGAAUUAUCGUACUAUUGCGGAUAGCGAUACAAAUAUACCUUGCCACGCUGAUGUGAACAACAGUACAAAUUCUAUUCCUACUAGCACUCCAAAUACGGUUUUUACAACUAAUACACAUAUUACCGGUAGUAUAGCGGUUAAAAGAAAGAUAAGACAAGAAAAUAAUAGAGGCAUACUAAAGCGGGCACAUAUCCCCGAUUAUAGCGAUAGCUGUGCAUAUAAUAUAAGAGAAUCUAAUUCAACAUAUAUGACACGAGAGUACACGAGGAGUGAUGUGCGUUUGAACUUUUUAGAAGAAUUUAAGACGCGUUCAUCUUUACAUGACAAUAGGAGUAUGAUAGAGAGAAUUAAUGGUACCAGUAAUAAGAGGUUUAAAUGUAACAAAAAAAAUGAUGAGUUUUACUAUAUAAUGGGUGCUACAGGUGAGAUUGUAGAUGAGCACCGGUAUUAUGAGAAGGAAUGUAGUAGAGAUAGGGAAAAAGGUACAAGUUGUAGUGCGGGUAAGAGUACAGGAAGAGCUGUAGAUAGAGGUAUUGGUAGGAAUGAUGUUAAGAGUAAGGAUAUUGGUGAAAAAAAAGAUGCUAAAGAUACAAAUGAAGAAGAUGAUGGUAAGAGAAUACGAAUACCUACAUGUUCGUUAAUGGAUGAUAGUAGGUACUAUGGUAAUAAAAAUGGCAUGGAUAAAGAUGGAGAGAAAGGAAGUUCGAGCAAUGUGAAAGAUGAAAAUGAAAAUCUGAGCACUAUCGCUACAAUGAAUGAGAAGUGUAAGCGUGUUAAGACGAUUAACGACCAGGAAACAAUCAAUACGAUGGAUGAUGGGGAUGGAUGUAGACAGAUCAUAAAUAUAAGACGAAGUGCUGGUAGGGGGAGAUAUGCAAAUGAUGGUGACAUCAUGAGUACGGUCUUUGAGGACAUAUACUAUGAAAAGUAUAUGUUCCUUAAACAGAAUAUAUUGGCGUUCACUCAGCAAUUGUAUUUUAAAGGGAUAAUCGGUAAUUUAGUAGAAAAAGCGUUUUGCAACGUGUAUCACAACAAUUACGUUGCAAUACCGGAAAUAGAUUUGGUAAAGGAGUCUGGCAAACUAGUGGUACUGGAUUCAAUGCUGAAAAAGAUGGAGGGCAGGAGAGUACUGAUUUAUUUCCAAAUGACCAAAAUGAUUGAUUUGUUUGAGCAGUAUGUAAAAAUGAACAAUUUUAGUUAUGUACGUUUGGAUGGAGGUGUAAAGGUAAGCGAAAGAAAGAAAAUUGUUAAUACGUUUCAAACAGAAGAUAUUUUCUUGUUCCUACUAUCAACACGUGCUGGAGGACUCGGUAUAAACCUUACAAAGGCUAACACUGUUAUAUUUUAUGAUUCAGAUUGGAACCCUACGGUAGAUCAGCAGGCCAUGGAUAGGGCGUAUAGAUUAGGAAAUACAGAGGAUGUGGUUGUUUAUAGAUUGGUCACUGCUAAUAGUAUUGAAGAGAAAAUGCGUAUUACAGCAGGGAUGAAGGAGGAGAUACAUAGGUUAGUGAUUGAUGGCGGAGAGUUUACGCUUUGAGCAGAGUGUUUGAUGAGAGGGUUUAUGAUGGAUGGGAAGUAAAUAAGGAGGUAAUUAUGGAUUGAAGUAGUGUUGAA